CCAGUGCUCUUUUUGGUUCCCUUGACUUGUUCUUAAAAAUAAUUUAAAUAGGCCUAUUUAGUAACCGCAUACUUGGUAAAAGUUUGCCUAUAGCUGAAGCACGUUGUGCAUGUAAAAAAAUCAGAAUAGGCCAAUUUAUUUAUUUAUCCUUCUACAAAUUCUCUUUGCAGGGUCUUUAGAAAAAAUGUCAGUUGGCGAUGUCAGCAAACCAGAAAAACCAGUUUCAACUCUCUGGGGUUGCGAGCUAAAUAAGGAUAACAAGAUUGGGAAGUUUAAAGCCGAUGAUUCAAAGCAUCAACACCAGCUUGCGCUGAGGACCAUGUGUUUGGGCGCGAAAGCGACAGACGAAUUUAAUAUCGUCGAGCUAAUGAUGGACGAGGAUGAAAGCAAGGUGUUUCCGAUGGCGACGCUGCGAGCUUCUGGAAUGCCAACGGUGAAUCUUUCUGGGGUGGACUUGCACCCUCCAAUAACGUUCCGGCUAAAACAUGGCUCCGGACCAGUCUAUAUAUGUGGAGAACAUGUUGCCCUGGAGGAUGAUUACAUGGAUGAAGAGAUGGAUGAGGAGGAAGAGUUGCCUGAAGAGGAAGAGGAGGAUAUUGAGGAAUCUCCCCCCAAACCUGUUAAAAAAACAGCUAAGAAUGGAGCAGGCAAGAGAAAGAAGCCGGAGGAAGCGGACGAAGAGGGUGCGGUCUCAGACAGCGAAAACCCCCCUAAGAAGGGAACGGGAAGGGGGCGAAAGCCAGCGGCGAAGAAAGUCUGAAUUCUUCAGGUAGUGGUUCUGGGAAGGCAAACUGGUGGCCAUUCGGUGAAGGUGGACCGUUGGACCGGACCAGAUGGUCUCCAGUGUGAAGAAGGCUAGCUUGUGCCACCAUUUACACAAUGGCCAUACAGGCCUAGGUCUGCUUGGUCAAUGUUGUACAGUUUCAGAAGAUGUAAUAAAAUUGAAUGUUUUCCCAUGA